UGGAACCACCAGCAUCAUGCAUGGUCUGGGUCAACUUCUGCUUCUUCACAUUCUCGUAUGUCUUUGGCAAGUUGUCCAUGGGAGUAAAAUCAUCCAUGGGGAAAUGGCCCCAGAGAACUCGAUGCAGUACAUGGUGUCAGUCCAAAGCAAAGWGGGUCGUCAUGCAUGUGGAGGUUUUCUCAUUAGUGAGGACUUUGUGGUCACUGCUGCACACUGUGCUCUGCCCCAACCUGAUGUUCUUUUUGGAAGCCACAACCUGAUGAGCUCAAAUAUAAGAAAAAUACACGUCGAUUACAUCUGCAAACACCCAAAUUACACAGAUCUGAGCAACGGUCAUGACAUCAUGCUUCUGAAACUGUCCGAGAAUGCUCUGCCAGACAACAGAGUUAAAAUAAUUCCUCUUCCRUCUUCUGAAAUGCCCCAAAGGGACAAGGAAACCUGCUCUGUGGCUGGAUGGGGCAUAACAGAAAGAUCUAACAAUGACAUCGUAAAUGAUCUGAGAGUGGUGAAUGUGUCUGUUGUAAAUUCACAAAUCUGUGAGAAAAAAUGGAAAAAUAAGCUUCCUCCCAAUGUAAUCUGUGCUGGUGGAUAUUACGGAAAGAAAGGAUUCUGUCAGGGUGACUCUGGUGGUCCUCUCGUGUGCAACGGGGCAGCAGUUGGUGUUGUGUCUUUCAAUAGAAACUCCAACUGCAACUACCCAGAUAUACCCAAUGUCUACACAGAUAUUUCCAAAUAUCUUCCAUGGAUCAACAGCAUUCUGAAGAAAAAGAAAUGUUCCUUCUAACUGUGCUACAUAAAUUCUUGUUACAGUUCUUUUUGCA